AUGGGUCGCAAGGUGGUCAUCACGCUCCACAGGAACGACCUGCGCGUGCACGACAAUGCCCUGUUCCAUGCAGCACACGACUCGCACCACAAGGACGUGACCCACGUCCUCCCCGUCUUCGUGUUCGACGAGCGCUUCGUCGAGCUGUCGGGCCUGCCCGACUACCAGCGCCAGGGCCCCGAGGCCCGCACCCGCCAGUUCAACUUCUGGCGCACCGGCGUUUUCCGUGCGAGGUUCCUCGUCGAGGGCGUCUUUGACCUGCGCAACACGCUCCGCAAGCAUGGCAGUGAUCUCCUCAUCCGGUUCGGCAAGAUGGAGGACGUCACGGCCGACAUCGCCGCCGAGCUUAUCAAGAACGGCGACGAGGUCAAGGAGGUGUUCCUGCAGAAGGAGUUCUACUCGGAGGAGAAGGCGAUCGAGCACAAGUUGCGCAAGAACCUCAAGCAGUCGGGCGUGCGCUUGACCUGCUUCGACCAGGCCCCGCUCAUCCACGUCGACGACCUCCCGUUCCGCGUCAAGGACAUGCCCGACGUCUUCACGCCGUUCCGCAAGCGCGUCGAGGGCCUUCCCGACUUUGGCCGUCCGACGCUGCCCAUCCCCAAGUCGUUCAAGCCGUUCCCCAAGCCCGACGACUCGACCAAGGUCUACCCGGGCUACGGCAGCCGCAUGAUGGACGAGGAGAAGCGCGACCUCGACUACGUCCUCGCGCACCUCCUCAAGCCCCUCCAGGACUCGUUCCAGAUCGUCGCGAGCAGCCAGGGCAGCAAUCAGCAGAGCGCGUUCCCGUACCCUGGCGGUGAGACCGCAGCUCUCGAGCGCCUCGCGUUCUACUUCAAGGACGGCUCGCCGCCACCUGUCGCCCGGUACAAGGAGACGCGCAACGGCCUCAUCGGCCACGAGUACAGCACCAAGCUGUCGCCCUUCCUGUGCCUCGGCAUGAUCUCGCCCCGAGCCAUCGUCGAGGCGCUCGACGAGUCCGAGGCCAAGUUCGGCGCGAGCCAGAACACGUACUGGGUCCGGUUCGAGCUCCUGUGGCGCGACUACUUCCUCUUCGUCGCUCGCAAAUUCGGCACCAAGCUCUUCACGCUCGGCGGGUUCGAGGAGGUGACGGACCCGAAGCAGGCGCGGUACAAGCUCCAGGACGGCUGGUGGAAGACGUGGGACCAGGAGAAGAAGUUCUCCGACAGCGUCGAGCACGAGCAGCCGGCCGUCCGGUGGAUGCAGGGGACGACUGGCGUGCCGUUCAUCGACGCCAACAUGGCCGAGCUGCGCGAGUCGGGCUUCAUGUCGAACCGCGGUCGCCAGAACGUCGCCUCGUUCCUCACCAAGGACUGCCAGAUCGACUGGCGCCUCGGCGCCGAGUUCUUCGAGUCGCACUUGAUCGACUUUGAGCCGUCGAGCAACUGGGGCAACUGGCAGUACGUGAGCGGCGUCGGCAAUGACCCUCGGGCGUCGAGGCAGUUCAACCCGAUCAAGCAGGGCAACGACUACGACCCGCAGGGCGACUACAUCCGCUGCUGGCUCCCGCAGCUCGCCAAGGUCCCGACGCAGCGCAUCCAGUGCCCGUGGACGAUGCACCCCUCGGACCGCUCCAAGGCCAUCCCGGCCGGCUCGUACCCGGCCCGCCCCGUCCUCGAGCAGUCGACGUGGAAGUCGCACUACAAC